UUUUUAUCAAGUUUUCAUUUAUUAGUUUAGUUUGAUUGAGUGAACGAGUUAUAAGCAUAAAGAGUUAAAUACUAAGAUGUCGUUAAAAUUACAAUUUAUCAGUUUUGGUAUACUCUUGUUGUCGUGUAGUUUGAUUGACAAAAGUUUGUGCGAUAUUUAUGACAAUGAAGUGUUUGAAGACACUGAGGAAGACAUCGACAAUACUCUGGCAGAUGUAGAUCGUAUGUCUUUACCGUAUAGACGUUAUCCGACAUCAUUUGAAACUUACGAUUACGAAAUAUGCCGAGUGUAUUUUUAUAAAGAGCUAAAAAUAUCGAAAUAUUUUACACAAAAAUACGAGAAUAAUAUCCAUAUGAAAGUAAUUGUGGCCAAUAUGUCAGUGACACGAAUGCGAAUGCAGGACGAGAUCUGCAAAAACAAUACACAGCUAUACUUGGAUUUUCUCAAGACUACCAACAGUUUGCUUCCACAGACAAGUCUUAGAGCCAGAAAAGGAUCCGAUUUGUUCACAAUGAUAGCACAGCCUAAUUCAAGCUAUACAUUGGCGCAACUCAUUUGUUUUUCUAAUUAUUAUUAUAAAGAGUUUAUCAAUUCAUACACUGAUCCGCGAUUUAGAGCCAUUGCAGAGCGUACUGUCAAACGAAUGUCUGAUUCUUGGAUACCAUAUUUGAAGGAAGCCCUCAAUGUUAACACCGAUGACAACAGUUGUCAAUCAUUGAAAGUUUCCAUCGAUUACUCAAUCAAACGGCGUCUCUCUAAAGCAAUGGCAUUGUUUGAUGCUUUAGCAAGACUUCUUAAUAUUGAAAUCAAAAAGCGCCACUACAUCAAACCUUCUUUAAAAGCACACAUAAAAUUACCCAACAAAACCACCCAAAAACCCACCCAACAGCCCACCCAACCACCCACACAACUACCCACACAACAACCUACACAACAACCUGAACAACAACCAGAACAACAACCAGAACAACAACCUGAACAACAAACUGAACAACAACAACAACAAAGCUCUUAAUAACCCCUAAUAUAAGACACAAACAUGAAGGGGACAAAAUUUAAGGGGGGUUUAAAUGAUAAUUCAUUAUUUAUAAUUAACUAUUAAUAAAAUCUAUGUAAUGAAAUUUAGUUAUUAAAUAAAACAGCAAA